AUGGACAUCGAUAAUAAUAAUACAUCAAAACGAUUUCGGUCAGACAAUUCUACUAUUAAUAGUUCGUCUACUUUGUUUGACGAUCUAUUUUCAUGUCCUUUUUGUACAUUUAAUACCCAUUCUCAAGUUGAUUUUGAAUUUCAUAAUCACAUUCACCAUCAACAUUUAUGUUCACAAUGUUUACAUAUAUUUCCUAGUUAUUUUCUUAUGGAUAUUCAUAUGGAUGAAGCACAUAAUAGUUAUUCCAAAGUUCGAUCAUAUCGUUGUCUGAUUGAAUCAUGCGCAAAAGUAUUUCCUAAUAUCGAACAACGUUUACAACAUUUAAAUGAAGAACAUGAUACCAAAAAUCGUCAUUUAAAUGACAUUUUUAUUUUAUUUUCAAGUUCACCAACAAAUGAAAUUAAAUCUAAAGAACAAGAUAAUAAAUUUGGUUGUGAUAGUCAAAAAACAUUUAUACGUAAUUCACGUUUACGACCACGACAAUUUACUGAUAUGCAUUGGGAUGGUGAUGAAUAA